AUGGGAUAUGGAGGACUAAGUGGUAUCGAAAACCCAGUAGCAGAACAUCCUAAUCCACUAUAUUUCAGUGCAUCGCAGCAAAACGAAGAAAUCUGUUGGGUAGGUAUCAUGUCCAGGACGGCGGCAAGAGUUUCAUCGAGUAGCCAAGAAAAUGAAGACUGUGUUGCUCCACAAGCACGACAACCUUCUCGAAGAUCCGACGCAGUGGAUGAUACAGAAAAGAUCUUGUUCAGCUUACCUUACAUAUCUGGUGAUCAUGAGCAGAGCGGUACGGAGCUGUCUGCGAAAACCAGAAUUUCAGAACGACGCGACGGUGUGGAAAUACCACCAGCAAACCUCAAGUGUCACCUGAUUAUGCAAGAAUCCACCAUGGCUUCUGCGAUAUCGCAUUACUCUGAAGAUCCUUUUUUUGGCAACAAGGAUUUGCUAACUCCUCAGUCAGCUAGGAAGAAAAGCAUAGCCAAUAGCGUUAGCAGCAACCCAAGCUCAGGGCGAGGAUCUGAUCCAUGUGAAAAGCGAGUUACGUUUCAAGAAAAGAACUCAGGUACUAAGGGACGUUUGAUUGAAGGUGUUAAGUUUCUGUAUGAGCGGUCCAGUCCAAUUGAAGAGUGGUCCAGUGAUAGCCGAGAUAGUCCACUUCUUGAAAUGAGCAGAUACGACAACGUGCCGCCUUGUGGUCCGUUGACAAGAGAACACAAAGAUCGUUUGGUUUCUGAUCCGUAA